AAUCCUGUGAAGGGAGAGAGAGAGGAGGGGAGAGAGAAUACGGGUCAUAGAGAGAGAGAGAGAGAGAGAGAGAGAGUGGUCGAGACUCGAGAGCACUACAUUCCACUCAUACCGACCAUUGAAAUCCGAAGAAAACUCUAUACAUAUCAGAAGGUGAAGCCAAAACUACACGACUGCAUUUCCUUAUCUGGGUAGAUUAAGUGGCUCAUUCUAAAAUUGGAAGAAGAUAGAGAUUGGAUAACUUGUGGAAUACCAUCAUGUUCAAGCAAUCUCCUAGUAGAAACCACAGGUCCAAAGGCAUCAAGGUUAAGCGUGUUCUUCAAAUUUGUGUCCUGCUUGCUGUCUGCUUUUGGUUGGUUUACCAAGUCAAGCACUCCCAUGACAAGAAGAAAGAAUAUGAUGAAAACGAUGCAAAGAUGUCACAUGAAAAGCAUUUUGAUGGUGAAAUUUCGAAAAUCGGAAGAAAAGCUAUCCUUCCUGGAUUGGAGGAAGCAACUAUGAACAAUGAUGAAGUAGAAGAAGAAACUGGAGGAGAAGAAGAAGAGAACAAGCAGCAUGAUGAGGAAGAGCAAGAAGAAGAAGACAAGAUUGAAGAGAAAGAAGAUGAGGGGAGAGGAGGUGGAGAUGAUGAGAUAGACGAACGUGAUCAAGAGAAAUCUGAGAUGGGGGUUGAGCAUGAGGUGGAUUUUAUCGAUGAAGAGAAGGAGAGAGAAGAAGCUGAUGAGAAGGCAGCUGAAAAUAAAGAUGUUCAAAAUGAAAAUGAGAAUGAGAAUUCUUUGGAGGACCGUGAUCAUGAUGGCAGUAAUAGGAAUGCUCAUGAAGCACGAGAGGAACAUUAUAGGGCUGAUGAUGCUUCCAGUGCGGUGACUCAUGAGACUGAAGGAGGAAGUUUGGAAAACUCAAACAAGAAUACUGAAAUGAAUAGUCAAGUAGAGGAAAAUAAAGCGAAUAAUGCUGAGGAAAUCACUGUUGCUCAAAACACUACAGGCGUAGAGGCUGCAAAAGGUGAAAUGGCUGAAAAUGUUGUUUCUCCAAAUGUGACCAGGAAAGAAGAAAAGGAGUAUCAGAUUGGUUCAUCCAAAUCAGAGGACAGCUCGCCUUUGAAUUCUACAAGGACAACAGUGGCAAACAAUCAACCAGAAAUAGGCAAUAAUAACUCAACAGAAGGGAGUUCAGAACCCAACAAUUUAUCUAUGCAGAAUGAAAUGGAGACUAAACCGGAUGCAAGUAAAGACUCUGCGUUGCAAACCGUUGCUCUGGGACAGGAAAAUAAUUCUAACACAGCAGCUUCCAAUAACCAUCAAUCCGACUCAAAUUUGACGAUUUCCAGUAAUACUGAAAAUUUAGAAGCAGCUGCCAAAAGAGAGUCCUCAAAUUCGUCAACUACUUCAGAAUUUUCUGUAUCAGAAAAGGUAACGACAUCUAAUGCAUUGGUUGAAGUAGAGGGUACUGCAGAGGAACAUAGUGAUGCAACUCGGAAUGAGAAGUCAGAAACCAGUAAUGGUACAGAUGUAAAAGAUGAAAGCCGGGACUCUGCCGAAACUGAGAAUGCAGAUGUAGUUCACCAUGACCCCUUUGAUUCUUCCAUCCCCUUAGAGAAGGAUGUUCGCAUGGAUCUUGAUACUUUGCCAGAAAUUAGAACCGAAGGAAGCAACAAUGAAGAUGCUGCGGCUGAAUGAUAAUUUUGAUCUAGUAGUUAUUAGUUUUAGUCUAGUUAUAAAAUUUUUGUUCUCCUUUGUUUUGCUUUUGGUAACAUGUGGGGUUCUAGAACCCUUUUGCUUGAUCGUGUGAAAUAUUGAUUAAUUGAGAGAAUACGGUUUCAACUUUCCAGGUGAAGUGUAGGCAAGUUGAUGAUAUUGAAGGUUUUAAUCUGUAUAAGCUUUUCUUUUAUUUUUUCAAUUUAACAUGGAUUGUCUAUUUUGUGAGAAAAA